CCAGGCGGAAUUGUCACCCGAAAGUUCGAGCAGCAAUGAGGAGCCGGCUCUGUUGACGCUCACUGAGAUGUGGGACUUCUCGACCGAAGCUGAGGAUGAGGACUUGAAGAAUGCCAAACAGGCAGACCUUUUGACCAAGAUGGAGCAGAACCUUUUGGCGCACCAGUCCGGCAAUUGCAAGCCAUGUUCAUAUUUUUAUUUCAAAGAGGACGGGUGCCGCAAUGGUGACAAUUGUGACUUUUGCCACUUCUGUUCCCCGCAAGCGGUGAAAGACUGUAAGCGCGCCUUUAAGCGCGACGCUCGCCGAGAGAAGCGAGCGCAAGCAGCAGCAGGCUUGCGCAAGGCUGAUGGCGUUGGACCCCCCUAUCGUCAUCGCGUGCGUGGCCGCCAACAGACUGCGUCUACAAACUGAAAGCAUCGCUCAUCGAGUUUCAAGAUGUGACUCAUCAAGGUUUCGAGAUGUUUG